AUGCAGGAGCACCACGACUUGCACAAGCAAUGCGAGCAGUUCAGCAGCGAUCAGGCGUGGCUGAAUGCGUCGUCUGAGGAGCUCUCCGAGUUCUGCGGGAAGCUGAAACUGAAGAACGUAGACAUGCCUACGAAUGCGAAGUUGGCGUGCUUUGCUAGGGCGUUGCGAGACUGGACCUUGCUGCAGCAUAGCAUCGAGGCGAAGCUCCCCGCCCUCAUGAGAAUGAUCGCGCCUUGGCCAGUGCAGGGCGACAGCGGAGAUGGAUUCGACCCCGAGGCGCCCAUGGCUCGGCACAUCGAGGGCAGCCCCGCCGAGAAGAUGGAGAGGAUGAAGGACGCCAUCCUCUCGAAGGUCCUCGGGCCUAUGAUCAAGGAUGGCGAGCGGGGCCACGAGUCAUUCAAGGGGGUCAUCGUUGUUGUCUUAGAAAUGAUUAAGCAGGCGUCUGACGACGAAACUAUCGACUUCGAGCCGUGCGAGGACCACGCCGACAGCGUCAUGUCAACCCUCAAGGGUGCCUACUUCGUGCUGGAGCAGAAUUUCAGCAAGGUGACGCAGGUCAGCGCCUCCUCCAAGGACUACGACCGUCUCGUCUCUGAGGGGGCCUCUGGCAAGCAGCUGUUCAGCGUCGUGACUGCCAUGAAGCAUGACUGCGAUGUCUACUUGCCUCGCUUCGACACCGCCAUGGACCAGCUGGGCAAGGUUGCCAAGUUCGGGUUCGAGGAGCAUAUCGGCGUCGUCAUGCAGGCUUGGAACCUCCUCCUCGAAUCGCGGGGCAAGCUGCGCAAGGGUCAGGACGCGGAGCUGAGAGCAAAGACAGAGAAAGCGACCAUGGACAUGUUGAGUAGCGUGUCCGAUGCCAUCGAGGCGGACACCAUCCCGACCGAUAGGUGCUCCGACCUGAAAGAGCUGGUGGGGGUCACAACUAAGAUGGACUUCCAGCUGCCUAGUAUGGAUUCCCUCAUCAGCCACGUGUGCAAGGUGUCCCAGCAGCGCAACAUCGACACCCACAUCGACAUCAUGAUGAAAUGCCUGGGCUCGCACGACGUCGACGCGGAGCGCGGGGUCCGCACUGAGAACUUGGAGUCGCCCACCGGCCAGGUGAAGCUCUACAACGACUACGGGGUCGGCCCUGCCUCAGGGGAGCUCUGCGGGCGCAUCGUCUCAUUCGUUCUUAGGAUGGUGAAUACGUUGGGUGCUGGUGAGGACACGCAUCUGAGUGGUGAGGUGAUCUCGUAUUUAAGCUUGGCUUGCCAGAUCGGGUCUGCUUUGUCCCCAUUGGUGAAGGACCCUUCCGAAGAGGUCAAGGUGCUGUUCGCUGCCCUCGCGACCUUGUCUGGUGUCGAGUUGCAGCUCUCAUCCGUCAUUAUGUUCAAGAAAAUCGCCGCGACCUCCGAGUUGAGCAUGGCCACCAGCGAUGGCCAGAGGAUGGUGAAGAACUUCGCCACCGCCCACGCUGUGCUGCCCGAG